GCAGGCAAGUAGAUAGCCCACCUCGUCUAAAUCCGUAUGAAAACUCGACAACCCUCGUCACCCUAUGGCGUCCGCCGCCGCCGCAGCCGCUGCCGCGCCGCUGCGGCGUUCGCUCGCCCCCUUUCUCAAACCGAGCCGCCUCUCCUCCUCCCUCGCGCCCUCAUCACACCACCUAUCUCUACCGCGCGCCCUCCGCCCCGCGGGCCCUUUGCCCUCUGAUGCCGAAGACUCCGACGAUUCAAAUGCCGGGGACGGCUCCGCCGAGCCCCUCAGGAAGAGCCGCAACAACCUGAAGCGGGAGGCUCGUCGCGCCGUGCAGUGGGGCAUGGACCUAGCUAAGUUCUCCCCUCUCCAGAUCAAGCGCAUCCUCAGGGCCGCGUCGCUAGAGCGCGAGGUCUUCGACGCUCUCAUGCUCGUUAAGAGAUUUGGACCAGAUGUGCGGGAAGGAAAACGGAGGCAGUUCAAUUAUAUCGGAAGACUUAUGCGUGGUGCACAACCCGAAUUGAUGGACACUCUUAUCCAGGCUUCAAAGGAUGGUGAUGAUAACAAGUUACUUGCAUUAAUGAGUGACAAUACAUUAUUGAUGGAAGAUGAGGAAAUAGAAGACUUGCCUCAUGAUGAAGAGGGUGAUAAAGAGUAUAUUGAAAUUGCAGAUAGAUGGUUUGAGGGCCUCCUUUGCAAAGAUAUUUCAGUUACUAAUGAAGUUUAUGCAAUUCAUAAUGUUGAAUUCGAUCGUCAGGAAUUGCGGAAGCUCGUGAGAGGAGUCCACAUGGUCCAAGAUAACAAGGGAAACAAACAUAGCGAGGAGGAAUCUACUAAGAAGCUUUCUGGAGCAAAGAAACCACUUUUGAGAUUCCUUCGCUCCGUUGCUAAGAAGGCAUACGCCAAAUAGAUUAUGCACCUUCCUUCUAGAUGGCUUUAAAAUGCUUUGUUAUCCAGCUGCGGAAAUACACCCCAAACGUCUCAGCUUGCAGUUGAUUUCAAGUGCUGUGUCUCUGGUAUCAUCAGCAUACUUGCGAGCUAACGCUACGGACUGCACACCGCGCCAACUGAUGCCUGAUAGUAGGGGAAGGACCGGAAUGGACAUAUUAAGGCUGUCUGAAUUAUACAUCUGAUUUUGAUAUCGUGAAUACGGUUUGAAAUCCAUCUAGAUGGUUCUUUUUUCACUGUU